AAUCUCUGUUAUCAAAAUGUGGUACCUUUCCUUAUUUCCGUCAUCCUUCCAAAGCUACUACGGAAAAUCUGGCGUAAGAAAUUCUUCAGCCGCUGAAGAAACACCCUUGUAAAUAUAAUCUACGUCCUUUUAACAGAAACAAAAGAAGGCAAGAUGUUUAUUUUGGAAUGGAUCGGUGGCGUAUUGGGAUACUUGGGUCUGUGGAAGAAGAGCGGCAAGUUGCUCUUUCUCGGCUUGGACAACGCCGGCAAGACGACGCUGCUUCACAUGCUGAAGGACGACAGGAUGGCGCAGCACGUUCCCACACUCCAUCCGACAUCGGAAGAGCUCUCCAUAGGCAGCAUGCGCUUCACCACCUUUGACCUGGGUGGCCACCAUCAGGCUCGGAGAGUCUGGAAGGACUACUUCCCGGCGGUGGACUCGAUUGUCUUCUUAAUAGACGCCCACGACCGGGAACGAUUUCCGGAGUCCAAAGCCGAACUGGAUAGCUUGCUCACUGACGAGCAGUUGGCAAACUGCCCAGUGCUGAUUUUGGGCAACAAGAUCGACAAACCGGGAGCGGCCAGCGAAGACGACCUCAGGGCCUACUUUGGCCUGUACUCCCAGACCACCGGGAAGGGCAAGAUCCCCAGGUCGGAAAUGACUGCUCGCCCACUGGAGAUGUUCAUGUGCAGCGUGCUGAAGAGGCAAGGCUACGGCGAAGGCUUCCGCUGGCUGGCCCAGUACAUCUAAAGGGAGCGUGUGGAUAGCCUCAAAACGGCCGCCGCUCUCCGUGCCGGACUGUGUUGGGAACCGGAACUGUUGCCCGCCGCUUGGACGGCCCCCAACAGACGCCCCCUGACUCGGCUUCGGAGCCUGCGGCAUCGCGGGCGUCGGGCUUUGUGCGGAGCGCAGUCCGUGCAGGGAGUGGCAGGGGCGGCCCUUUCGGAAGGACCUCUUCAACGGGUUGCGCAAAGCCGGGGAUUUUUUUUUCUUGUUUUGUUUAGGGUGGGAAGGCGGCGCAAAGCAAAAUGAGGAAACAUGUUGCCAUUGGACACUUUUUCUUACUGUUCGUGUUGGUCCUUUAUUUUUAUUUUUUGCUUCCCGACUUUUGGAAUUAUUUUUCUUUCGAGCAAAUGUGGCAGUUAGUUUCGAACGAAGGGGGUUUACGAGCGCGGUCUAGGUUCAGAGAAAUGUUUCUAGCGCAUAGCGUCAACCGCGGUUUCUAGGCUCUCGACGGAGGAAAGGAGAUUGUUUUUAAUUUCGGAAGAAUGUCGUCAAUACACAAAGUGGGAAUGCUUUUGCCGGUUGUAAAUUUGUAAAGCUGGGCAUUUUCAUUUGUGACAGACGGAGCGUGUGCGCUCUUCUUUAUUUUUGUCUUUGUAGCACGGAGGAGCGAUAAACUUUCAUUAACUACGUU